AUGGGGGACUCUGAUAAUGAGGAAACGAUCUUUACCUAUCAAGGAAAGAUUAUAAACAUUGACAUAGAUCAUUCUGGUUGGUAUAGAAUUCAAUUAAAGGUUGAAGAUAGCUCAGGAAUGGCCACAUUUAUUUUAUUUGAUUCAGAAGCAGAAAAAUUACUCAACAUAUCAGCCAAAGACCUUUUGAAUAAAUCUUUAGAGGAGCCCGAUGAAGUCAUCCUUCCUGUGCAAAUAGAAAAUCUGAAAGGAAAACAAUUUGUUUUCCAAAUACAACUAAAUGACUAUAAUCUCAACUAUGGAUGGGAAUUCUACACUAUCAAGAAACUUUUUGACUCUUUUGAAGAAACUGACAAAGCAAUUCAGCUUGAUAAAAUGACAGAAGUUUACAUCAGUGAUUCUUCAAAUGAAUGUAGCAACAACUUAUCAAUUGAAGAAGAUGGUGAUUGUACAAAAUUUCAAAAACUUGAUGUUCAAACCAAUGUGCAACUCACACCAACAUCUACGCAAUUGAACUUGAUUGUUGGUGGAGUAGAUAAGCCGUUCUAG